CGUCGAGUGAGCGCCUUAACGCGUUGCAAGUAUUUGGCCUUGACCGGACUAGAAUUGGGCGAAGUCGGAGCACCGGAAUGAUGAGCUCGGUCUUGCUGUCGUGUUUUGGAUCGAGGUGGGGCGCCGUAACGCAGGCUGGAAGAGCCGAGAAGAAGUUUUACUCCCAGGCAAGAAAGCCGAGGACAGCCAAGACUGGAUCUACAGUAUGGAUUCAGAAGCAGAACCAGAAGCGGUCCUGGAAGCUGGAGCGUCGAAAGCGCACGGAAUUGAUGUUGUCCGGACAGUAUUCGAGCAAGACGCUGGCGUCGGCGAUUGGGGUUAGGACCGUGGACGUGUUGAAAGUGUUGAUUCGGAUGAACGAGUGCCCGACGACUUCGGACGCCUUUUUGAACAGUGAGUUGGUGGAUUUGAUAGUGACUGAAUUCGGAAGGGUGCCAGUGCGAGGGAAGAACGUCGAGGACGAUAUAUAUCCUCGAGAGUUGCCGGAAGAUCUCAGCGCUUAUCCGCGGAGGUCUCCCGUCGUUACGAUCAUGGGGCACGUGAACCACGGCAAGACGACUCUGUUGGACGCGCUGAGGGGGUCGAACAUUUGUUCUGAAGAGAAGGCUGGCAUUACUCAGAGAAUCGCGGCGUUUUCUGUCAAAGUCGCCGCGUACGACACGACGAUCACGUUUAUCGACACGCCGGGACACGCGGCGUUUUCCAGAAUGAGGCAGCGCGGCGCGCGAGUUACCGACAUUGCCGUGCUGAUGGUCGCGGCGGACUCUGGCGUGCAAGAACAGACGGAACAGACCAUUCGGUACAUUCAGGAAACUGGGUGUGAGGUUAUUGUCGCGAUCAACAAGUGCGACAAGCCUAACGCCGACACGAAGAGAGUGCGAUACCAGCUCGCCGAGAAGGGCGUCAUCUUGGAGCAGUUUGGAGGGGACGUGUUGGACGUGGAAAUUUCGGCCUUGAAGAAGCAAGGACUGGACGCGCUGUUAGAGGCCAUUUUGCUGAAGGCUGAAGAGUUGGACCUCCGUGCGGAUCCUACCGGAUUCGCGGAAGCGGACAUACUGGACGUCAGAAAACACCAUUUUCACGGCAUUGUAGCCAACUGCAUCCUGCGACUGGGCUCUCUGAAGAAGGGCGAUGCGAUGAUCGCUGGUCGAGGCUACGGGACCGUAAAACGUCUACUGGACGAAAACGAUAACGCCAUCACUACGGUCAAGCCGGGAGAGCCCUUUUCCGUCCUCGGGUGGGAUGUGGGGCCCAAUCCCGGAGACGAGCUGAUUUCGUGUGACAGUUACAAGAAAGUGAAGAGCGCGGCCGCGUAUCGCCACAGUUGCAUCUGCGACGUCACCACGGAGCGGUAUUAUAACGAACUGCAGUCCGAACAACUCCAAGAAAAGGAACUGGAGCAGAGGGACCAACUCCACGCCGUCGAACUCGGAUCUGACCCUCUGGAAUACGCCCAGCAGCAAAAAAUCUUGCGAGAACAAUCUCGAGUCAAAAUCGUUCCUUUCUCCAUCCACGCCGACUCAGCGGGGUCCUUCGAAUUCAUAGAAGACGCACUCAACUCGUUUCCCCAAAACGAGGUCAAGGCACGCAUCACCAAGACCACCGUCGGCAAAAUCACCGAACGGGACAUCGUGGAGGCCUCUCUCGUAGAAAACAAGGUCUCUAUCAUCGGGUUCAACGUCUCCAUAACCGAAAAGGCGAGGGUUCUGGCGCAACAGGAAAAGAUCGCCGUCCAGUGCUUCCAGGUCGUCUACCCCCUCAUCAACUGGGCGAAGGAAAUCCUAUCCAAACACCUCAAGCCCAGGGAAGUCAUCAACGUCCUGGCCACCGCGAAAGUCCUGCAAGUGUUCACCGUCAAGAUCGAGAAGAAGCUCGUCAAAAUCGCCGGGUGCCACGUUGUUUCAGGAACUUUCAAGAAAAAACUUUGUCAAAUUUUGCGUCAUGACAGAGUUGUGUUCGAGGGCCCGAUUCGCCAAUUGCGCCACCUCAAGACCGAAGUCAAGCAGAUUUCUCCCGGGAUGGAGUGCGGCGUGUACAUGGGUCUGAACGUCGAGUUCGAAGUCGACGACGUCAUCAACAAUAUCGAGAGGGUCUACGUGCCCCGCACGCUCGAGGAAUCCAAGGCCGAGCACGACAAGCUCCAGGUAUCGGCGAAGAGGAGUUUGCCAGAAAAGCCGGCGGCGCGUUAGUCACUGCUGCCGCGCCCAAAAGGGGGAAACCUUACCAAAUUUGUUUCGUGUCGACGAGCUCGCGACCCUCGCCCCUACACACCGCCAGCGGCGCUCACGCGCGGCCUAUACAUAGCCUAUUUGAGCGCUCGCGUCGCAGAGCUGCGUGAAGACCGUACGAUAAAAAGUCCCCGUGGGUACAAACAAAACCCGCGGACGUGAU